AGCCUCCUCUUUGUCGACGAUAACACCUCCUGCUUGGACCACAACACUAGUAGGCGGCAAGCAUUCAUUUUCCAACCUCUGUCGUGUUGCAUUGAUCAAGUUACCGUUACUGUCCCAGAAUACGUAAAUCGGAGGAGAGCUGUCGCAGAAUACGUAUAUCGGGGGAGAGCUGUCGCAGAAUACGUAUCUGCCGAGCCAUAUCUGCAGAUUAUCAAGCAAGAUGGCCCGGCAACUUGGGUUGAAGGUACCCAUCAUCCUGAUGAUCAUGUCCUUUCGUUAUGCAUUUGCGGACAGGACAGUUACAAAACAGUCGCUUUUUGCAUUCGAUACAUAUUGUCAGUCGCCAACUUCUAAUAGGUGGAACAAGGUGAUGGUAUUCAACCAACCUCGAGAGAUGUUGCUUGGCCAGGCCAUCAUGCAUUGUGCUAGAAUCAACAAACGACUGACGGAUUCCUAUGAUUGCAGGGAUACUUGGCGGAAUACCUACAACGCCAGGGCUUACUGGAUGAGACCGAAAUCAACUUCGAAGUUCUUUGAUAGCAACAAUAUCGAUUGGUAUAAAAUGCUGACUCCUAAACGAGCAGUUGUGUGCGAAGGCGAUCUUGAAACGCCCGAGCCAGAGACUCUGAAAUCAGAGGAUUUCCAAUGUCCAUCAAGCAAUACAAGACUUCGGUACUUUGACAUCAAGUUGCCCUAUUGGGAAGCCGUAGCCGUGUGUGCCAAGGUGAACGGAGAUAUACCUCUGAAGACGUCGUGCCCAAUCAGGUUUAUGGAAGACAUUGGCCACAGAGUGGGUACGAAGCCCAUAACAUGGUUGCAACAUGGUGGCGAAUCCCUUGAGGUUGGAAUUGGAUCCAAUGGUGCCAAACACAACAUAGCUACUUUAACCCUGACGACCGAACUCAAGGUUGUGUGUGAAUUGCCUAAACAACUGCAAUGCCACUCUGAACCGACGACAAUCAUCCGGUACUUUCCCGUCAAAAAAUCCAUUUCUGGAGCGGUGCAGUUGUGUAGGUUGUUCAAUGGAGAGAUCCCAACAACGACCCAAUGCGUGAGAGAGAACUUUCCAACCACUGGUGCAUCCGUUGCUUGGUUGAGAGAUUCUAAGGGAACUAGGGGACGCUAUCAUUUGGCAACUGACUCGCUUUUCUACGACAUUUCAUAUCGACCCGAACACAAACACAGCGUUGUGUGUAGAAUUUCACAAGACGACUACUUGUGCAGAUCUGCGCUUCACGUAAGGCUGCGGUACUUUCCAGCUGACAUGCCGUUUGCCCGUGCGGAGCAGACUUGCAAGGAAAACAAUGGAUUUAUUGCGCCGCACGACAGCUGUACGAAGGGGUUCAUCUCGGAGCUCACUCCGACCGGCGGUGCAUCGAAACCGGUCGUCUGGCUGGCGAAGAAUAGCAGCGCGCCCGGCGUGAGCUCUGCGUCGGACGGCUCUCAGCAUAAGCAGUCUGGAAGCGAGGCUGGACAGGCAAUGCACAAGGUUGUCUGCCGGAUUGCCCUUGAGCACCAUACGUGUGGAGCGGACGCGGCAUCCAAGACCAGACUGCUGCUGCUCGGCGCCGACAUGCCGUUCAUGCAGGCGCGCGCCUACUGCGCCAGUCUCGACAUGCGCCUCACCUGGUCUAAGACCUGCGCCAAACAGCUCGUACAGUCCCUGGGCAAGACGGGGAAGGCCUGGGUCGAAGGGAAGGUCAAUGGCUGGUAUCGCCACGACACCAACGGCCAUAUACGCCAUCCGAACGAGCAUCUCCGCGUUGUCUGCGAAGCCAAGUUUGACGAUCACACUGAAGACUUGUGCUUGGCAUCUGAUUCGCCCACACGGAUGAAGAUCUAUCGGGGAUGGAUAGGUACACAUCAGGAGGCGCAGUAUAUUUGUCGUUUCCGUGGUGGAACUCUGGUCUCCUCGCCAGCUUGCGGAGCAGCAUUAACAAGACUUGUUGAAGGCCAUCAACAUGUGGCCUGGACUUCCACUUUUAAAGGCGAUCUUGCUCUGGAUAGUCGUGGCAUUUAUAGGCCGAGGCGGGAACGAGCCAAUGUGGUUUGUGAAUUUACCAAGAAAAAGAACGCGGCGCAAGACCCCACCUCUCUGCCAGCAGAGGACUAUAAAUGCCCAAACCUUCCCAACACACAUUACAGGUUCUUCAAUGUGGAAUUGGCCUACUUCGACGCUGUAGAGUUCUGCUCCAAGAUACAUGGCAGCAUUGUGUAUGACGGUGCAUGCUCCCAAUCGCUUCACACCUCUCUGCUGAGGAAGGCAGCGCGUGUGCCGAAGCCAGGGUUCUGGUUGGAGAAUCAGCAAGGCAGUCACUUCCAGCGCCUGUCGUCAGACGGUGCUCUCAGUCAGGUGCUCUCCGAUGCCAAGAAGAAGGUGGUCUGUGAAAUUCCACAUUCAACCUUCAACUGCCCGCAUCGGCCCGCAGUAACACUCAAGUACUUUCCAGUCAUGAUGGACUAUCCCAAAGCAAAGGAACACUGUGCCAAAUUUGGCGCACAACUACCCAGAAAUUCAACCAAACGGUGUAUGACCGACUUUUUAAGGACGACCGGAAGACACAACCCAAGUGCUUGGCUGGCGCACCGUUCGGCCGGCGAAAAGAAACUUGUCGUCUGCGAGUUUGUUCCGGUGAUGGAAUAUCUGUGCACUGAGGCAACGCUCGGCAUCUACGCAAACACGGCCACGUACGACGAGGCCCGCGAACAGUGCAGUCGCCUGGGAGGCAGACUGCCCGCCGGGCCACAUGACGAACAGUGUCUCGCGAACGCCAGGAAACAUGCUUCCGCCAGCUCCCCGGCCAAGCAAGCCAAACCCUGGCUAGUGUACGACCAGGAAGGCGUGCGACCGAGCGGCAACUCCUAUGUUGUACACGACCUGACGAAAAGCGGCAUGUCCGACGCAGUCGGCACCGUGGGAUGCAUGUUCAACUUUAGAGAGUUCUUCUGUGCUACUGACCAUUCGGCGCGGCAUUACCCUCACAACACUCGUGCUACAACUUUGGUCUUCAUUCCGAGACCGGCGGCGGACCUGUACGAUCGGGUAGACCUGUACCACUUCGUCGCGCUGCCGCCCAACAAGUGUGAACGUUACGGCGGUCAUAAACCACGUUUGUACUACGAAUUUUACUGCGGCCAACGCCUAAUGGAGGUGAUUAAGUACGAGACCGGCUUCGCGCAGUUUUAUAGUCAACAACCUUCCUAUAAGAAAUUUACCUGCGUCUUUGAUCUCAAAGCACGCAUCCCUGAGGAAGAGAGACGCAGACAUCGGGCGAAGGGAAGGUCUCCGAAACAGCCUGCCCGGAAUCUAGGAGAGCAUAUCGUAGCCGAGCACGUCUGCGGAAAUUGGCGGGUUCAAAUCCUGAAGGACACGUUCAGAAAAGCCACCUACCGCCAAGCCCAGCAAGAUUGCCAGCGGGAUAUUGGAUUCUUUCUUCCCAGCGAGAACUUUUGGAAAAACCUCCUGGUAGUUAUGAAGGCUGACGUCUCCAACCCAGCAUGCCUAGAAGUUGCUUCCACCUUUCAGGAUGUCCCAAUCUGGUAUAACAUCCAUGGAGUAGCGAGAUUCAAUGCAAGGUUCUCGUAUGUCUGUGUUGGAGCCGUCAUACAGAACGCAACGCUGCCCUUCGGCCUGAUCUGGAGGUAUCCGGGCGUGGCCUCGAUUGACGAGAGCGGUCAUGUCACCUGCAAGCUUGGCUUCAAGAAAUCGCUACAAGAGGACAUUCCGGGAUACGCCCACAUUGGAUUCUGGCAGCAGACUGCUGGUUGCUACGAGUACGUUAAUUUCCAGGAACAUGGACACCGACUGCACAUAACGUCUAGCAACGGUCAGCAGCUGGCACCGAAGGUGUGCGCACCGCGUACCGCAACGCACGGAUGGCAGGCGACGUACAGGGACGGUACGAUCCGCUGCCCGGUGGGACAGCUGUGGGUGUGCUCGCAGUACAAAGGCACGCGCUGUCCAACAUUCGAGGACCGGAUGAAGCAGCUCCCGGUCUGUCAACAUGGUCAGCGUGUCAACUACGCAGAGUGCAUUUCUCAGACAAACCGCGCUACAGGUGUCACCAUCCCUAUCGCUCAUCUGGAUAGCAUACCAAGACACCACUUGGACAAGAGGACGGGUUCGUUCAAGUGCUAUUGGCCGAUGUUUGAAAGCUGCGGCGACCCGCCAUGUGCCGGCGGACGUAAUCGCAAUCCAGCUCUAUUCGCCAGCAAGCGGCAGGGAAGUAGCCGGAUUAACUGGUACAAGAAUCUUCCAGCUUGCCUGUAUCUGGAAUCGCUGCAGAUCGGCCAUGUUCACUGGUAUCGCAGCAGCCAACCAACCACAUACGAUCGGGCAAGCAUGGCGUGCGAGAACAUGGGCACAAGACUGAUGACGUUGGACGAAAUGCUUGCCGCUAAGGAUCUGAUCGUCACGAAAGCGACAAGCGUUGCCAACCAGUUCAUCUGGGUCACCGACACUGCCUCCGGUCGCCCUGUCACGAUCAAGCUGACGACCGGUCAACACGGGAAGCAUACGACUGCACGCUUUAUGUGCCUAGCAUCACCCAAUGCACAGGUGAAAGCGCAGCGCUGCUGGUCAGGCGACUCGCUAUAUUUGGCGUACAACCAGGGCAGCCAUUACAAGCCUGCGAUCGAGCACUGCGCCCACCGUCGCAAGUCCAAGAUCCCGCCGUCGUUCCUGCACUACUGUCUGGACGCGCUCAUUCGCUGGCAGCCGUACUACGAGUCCUACUGGUUCCUCGGCCACCGUACCAACAAGCACCACGCCUGGGGCAAUGACCUGCUGCGGCACAAUGUGAAGACGAGCCUGCCGGUGAUGUGCUGGAGAGAGCGCGCUGAGGAUGACCCACUGAUGGUGGAACAUGAGUGCAGUACGUUCAAACUCUACCAUAUGAUCCAGGAGCAGCGCUCUUACCUCGACGCUUGGAUAAUGUGCGGCAAGAGAAACAUGGUCAUCCCACCGUCCCAUAUCAAUUCCUGCAUUCAUUUGUUCGUCACGAAAAUGCACGAGCGACCGGCGUGGGUUAACACGCCUCGACGUGCGGUCGGCACCGUUUCUGGCUGGGGAACUCCGCAUGUUGCGAACGCACGCACGCCUCACACGGUGAUAUGUGCCAAGGCCAAGUAGCUGGGCUUCUUCAACAGCCGGGUGAUGUAGGCGAGACGCUGGCCAGUGACUGCUCUGCUCGCUGCAACGACUCAUCGUCGACGGCGUGAGAGCAGGACCGGUGUCCUCUUCUCCCGACCGAAGUCACCGCAUCCCUCUCGCGCUCGUCGGGAAACGUCGCCGCAGCUCGCCGCCCCAGACCGCUGCAGCGGAUCAACUCAAGCAUCCCUUGUUUGUUUGUUUGUUUGUAUUCUCUGUGUUUUUCUACUUUUAUUGCUUUGCUUUGCGAAGAAAUAAUACAACCGCGUGCGCGCUCGCGUGUGUGAGGAAUGUGUAGUGCAAUUCAACACGUAUCAAUGGCGGCUGACAUUUGCAGAUGGUCGCGGUCAU